AAGGGGCAGAAGUACUUACUUAGAAACCCUAGACUUCCAAAUCUUGUCCUCUCUAUACCACAACACCAGUCCCGUAUACGGUAAUACCCAUUAGAUUUCCCUCUCUCUCUCUGUAUCACACAUUAUCCUUUUGCAAGCGCCAAACGUCUGCAUAUUCAAAGCUACCUUCAAUCUUCGAUUGCUUUGUCCGUCAUUUAUUAGGCAUUAGCCGCAUUUCGUCUUCUCUACCAGAUUGAAGAGAUUGAUAGAAGCUUUUGGAGAAGAAAUGCUGAUACUUAUGUUCCUCAGACGGGGAAAUAUACCAUUUCAAGUGGCAUUGGAAAUGGUUCUGUAUCCGCUUAACAACUACGAUCUUUUGACCAAAGGGGACGUCUUAUUUACUUUGGCUCUCUCGAAUCUUUGAAUCUGAUGUGCAAGAUUUUCUGUCUAGUGUUCCUUUGUUAACCUUUUAUGCAUUUGGAGGUUACCGUCAAAUGUCAGACGGUGAAAUGGAAAUAAUCAAACCCGAGGUCAUGAAAUCUUAUAUUUGGCUCCAAACCGCUGAUGGCUCAAUACAAGAAGUGGAAGAAGAGGUUGCCAUGUUUUGCCCUAUGAUAUGUCGAGAAAUAGUUCAGACAGGAAUGGGAUCUUCAAAGAAUUAUGCUAUUUCACUUCCGCAAAGGGUUAAUCCAGCCAUUUUGAGUUUAAUACUUGACUACUGUCGGUUCCAUCAAGUACCAGGUCGCUCAAAUAAGGAGCGGAAGUCUUUUGAUGAGAAGUUCAUUCGGAUAGACACAAAAAGAUUAUGUGAGUUGACAUCUGCUGCUGACAGCCUCCAGUUGAAGCCUUUGGUUGAUCUCACCAGCCGUGCUCUUGCACGCAUGAUUGAAGGGAAAACUCCUGAGGAGAUACGUGAAACAUUUCAUUUGCCUGAUGAUCUUACCGAGGAGGAAAAGCUGGAACCUUUGAGAAACACAGCAGAUGACCCACGUAUUCGGCUAUUAAAUAGGCUUUAUGCCAGAAAGAGGAAAGAACUUAAAGAGAAGGAGAAAAUGAAGCAGAAUGUUGAAGUGGAAGAGGAGCGUGUGGAUGAACGCUCUGUUGAUGAUCUCUUGUCAUUCAUCAAUGGAGGUGAUGGAGGUUCCAAGGGGGUUAGAGCUCCUAAACAUAAGAAGAAAAACCGAAGAAGGAAAGACCAUUCAAAAGAUCCUUCAUCACACAAUGUAAACAAAAGCCAUAAGGAGAUGGAGGAUCUCUCUUCUGUAUGCCGUAAAGAAGAUAAGUCUAGAAAUGCUUACGUGGCCAGUCCCAGUAAAUCGGUUAAAUUUCAAGUUGCAGAUGACGGCUUUUCUCCAAAGGUUGAGUUUGAUGAUGGUGAUAUGGACGAUGAACUAGACCCGGCAAUGAAGGAAGAACUUGAUAGGGAAGUGGAGGACUUUGCUAGGAGACUGAAUUCAGACUGGCCUGAGAGGAUGCAAGAGAUUCUUUCUUCAGGUCAGGAAAGAAGGCUUGGACCAAUAUCUAUGAAUGGCAAUGGUUCCUUGCGAAGAUAUACAACAGGGUUGGAGAGGAGCUGAACCUUCAAGAUCUUUUGGGAACGUCUAGCAGAUAACAGUUCACACAAGUUGCUUACAAGGUGGCACAUGAUGAUGGUACUGGGAGCACCAAUGCGAUUGGUGCUGUUCAAUUGCAUGUUUAUCCAUCAUACAUGCUUUCGCUGGAACAAAAUUUUUUGAUUUUAUUGGGGAAAUCUUGUAAGUUGAGAAUAAGAGAAAUGAGGUGUUCAUAUGAGCCAAUUUCAGCCAAAGCUGCCCUUUAUAAUC